AUGUCAACUUUAACUGAUCGAAGUAUAUGGUCUCUCGAAGAAGGAGACUCAUUGGAAAAUGUCGACAAGGAAAUAAAAUUGGUGAGCACGAGCUCAGAUUCAUAUUCGAUAGGAAACAAAGAAAAUAAAACGGAAUCAUCCAAGGAUUUCGAUGGACAAUAUUCUUCGAACGUAAUGUUAUUAGAUAAAGAAAAAAUUACAAAAUUAAAUACGAAAUUUCAUUAUUCGUGCGACAAUUUAAAUACUCAAUUAAAAGAAAAUGGCGUUGAUAAAGACGUUAAAGAAAUUGGAAAUAAUGGCAUUUGUCGUUCUUCCACUCAUUUAGAUUUAAAUGUCAAACGCAAUGCUACGAAUAAAUUAGACAAAUACGAUCACGUACAAAGUAAAGUAAAACAAAAAUAUUUAAUGAAUAAAAAUCAAGGGCCUAAAAAAAAAAACAUUAUAUGUAAUUUACCCGAAACUAAAAGUAGUGACGUCAAUAAUAAAGAAUAUUUAGAAGAGAUAAAUAGGCAAUUGAUAAAAGAAUUAGAAGAAAAAAAUGCAAUUUUAUCAAUACUCCAAGACAAUUACGAACAUUUAUUAUUUAAAUAUGCGGAAGCACAGAACAGAAUCGACGAACUACGAUUUAAAUGUGUCACGGAAAAUCGAGAAUGUAAAAACUCGUCGCAAAAAUCAAACAAAUACGAAAAAGGUCAAACCCCCCCCAAUCAAUGCAUGCACGCAAGUGAAAACAUAAACAAAUCAAUCGUCGAUAAAAGUCAAAGGAAUUUAAUUAAUCCGAUAAUAAAAGUUGACGAACCUUACACUCAAGGAGCAAGUAGCAACGCAGGCGUACCUGUACCGAGCAGACCAAUAUCCUUACCUUUAGAAGAUUUAAAUAAAUUAAACGAUAAAGAUUUGAUGUUGACGACGAAAGCAACGACACCGACGGAUUCGGAAGGUUUAAGCAGUGUUAUAACAAGCAUGAGUGGACACAGUAAAUUAUUGAAUUCUUUGGACGAAGAAACGCAUAAAAAAUCAAAUUUGUUAGAAUUUCCCAAUAGUGAUUUCAUGUUGGGAGAAAAAACAAUGUUGGCUAAUGAUCCUUUUGACAAAGUUAAAAAUUGGCAAAAUUCACUACCACCUUUAGAACAAAUAGAAACACCGGAAACGGCUUUAUAUAACGUGAACCAAAGUAAAGGCUCCGAAGAAUAUAGUUCGAACGGUACGAAAUAUAGCGAAAUGAUAACGUCACCGAAAAACGAUAACGAAUAUAUAUAUUUGGAAGACUCGUGUCCGCCCAGUUGGAGAGACGAACACGUUAAUUAUCAAACAAAUUCCGUCGGGAGACAAAACAACAGCAUUAAUUGUUACGAUGGUGAAAUAUCAGACGGUGUUGUGGAAUAUCGAAAAAAAUACGUUGAUGGAUUCGACGAUGUAAAACCGUUAAAAAACGACUUGCCAUCAAGUUGCAUAGUAAAAAAACGUGACAAACCGAUGCUCCUCAGAUGUUCCUCUCUUCCCGCAUACGAUUACGACAGUUUUAAAUCCGAAAACAGCAAAAACGGUUUUCACAUUCCACCGUUAGAUUUAACAAAUAUCACGCUGUCGGACGAAGAAUCAUAUUGCCAAAAACUUUCUUGCGAGUCUAAAAGCAAUAAUCCGUCGUAUAGCAAUACAAUCGAACGAUCCCAACGAACAUCUCAGACGUCGACACCUUGCGUCAACAAAACGACAAAAGAUGACGAUGAAAAUCAUUCUGUGAAAGGUCUUAGACAAACGGUAAACAAAAGCACGUCUAUAACUCCGGAUAAACACGCGGAUUUGGAUUCGUUUUAUCCAACGAAAUUAAAAUCGACGAGUUCGACGACGAGACAGAACAACAAUUCAAAUUCUUGCAUACAAAAAUGCACGGAUUGCCGAAGGGAAAAAAUACAAAAUUGGUGCACGAUAUGCGGGGAAACAAUGGCGGAAAAAGAAAACGAUCACUCGUCAAAAACUAAAUCCAUACGUUCGUGCGAUUGUGCCAUAAAUACAAAAAACACUAAUUUUAAAAAACAAAAUCCGUUUCAAAAGACGCGGAUUAAUAAUAAACCUCCGCCAUUUAAAAGAUCAAUGUCGUUUAAUUCGGACACGAACGCGACGAGUAAAUAUCGUACUCACGAUGACCUCAUACCACCUUUCGAAGAAGAAAAUUUUAAUAAUUUCGAAGAGUAUACGAGAAAUUUAAAAGCGAGAUCACAAGUCGUAAUAAAUGCAUUAUCGGCCCACAUAAAAAAUUCCUAA